CCCACCUGUCUGUCCCUGCGGGCGAUCGCCAUGGACCUGUAUCGCACCGCGGCGCCGGCACUGGACACGCUGGUGGCCCGCAGCCUGCAGCCGCAGCCCGCGUUCGUGGCGGCAGCGCGGCGCGCGCUCGGGAACCUGGUCGCCGCUCUGCGGGAGCGCGGGGGCCGCCAGGGGCUGAAGGUGCUGAAGACCGCCAGGGGAGGCUCCUUUGGCCGAGGCACAGCUCUCAGGGGUGGCUGUGAUUCUGAAAUCGUCAUCUUCUUCGACUGCUUCGAGAGCUACCAGGUCCAGAAGCACCAGCGUGCGGGGACCCUCGAGGGGAUGCAGCCCCUGCUGCAGGCCUGGCAGCGGGACCUGGCCCCGGGGCUGAGCAUUCAGUUCCCUCCACAGCACAAGCCCGGGGUCCUGCAGUUCCGAAUGGUGUCCGUAGACUUUGACAGCUGGAUGGAUGUCACCCUUGUGCCCGCCUUUGACAUGCUGGGCCAGCUCCUGUCUGGGGCUAAACCUAACCCCCAAGUCUACAGAGACCUCCUCAGCAGUGGCUGCCAGGGGGGCGAGCUUGCCGCCUGCUUCACGGAGCUGCGGAGGAACUUCGUGAACACGCGCCCGGCCAAACUCAAGAACCUGAUCCUGCUGGUGAAGCACUGGUACCGCCAGGUCUGCCCACAGGAGGCCAGGAUGAGGACACUGCCCCCUGUCUACGCCCUGGAGCUGCUCACCAUCUUCGCCUGGGAGCAGGGCUGUAGGAACCCUGCCUUCAGCCUGGCCCAAGGCCUCCGCACCGUCCUGGGCUUGAUUGAACAGUACCAGCACCUGUGUGUUUUCUGGACCGACAACUACAGCUUGGAGGACCCCAUGGUUGGGAAGUUCUUGCUGCAGCAGCUUGAGAGACCCAGGCCUGUGAUCCUGGACCCGGCUGACCCCACGUGGGAUGUAGCCAACGGGGCAGCGUGGCGGUGGGAUGUGUUGGCCCAGGAGGCUGCAUCCUGCUAUGACAAUCCAUGCUUUAUACAGGCGACCGGCGACCCUGUGCAGCCCUGGGAGGGGUCGGGCCUUCCGUGUGCUGGGAGUGCAGGCUUGAGCCACCCCGUCCACCCAGACCUGGCUCAGAGACUCCCUGAGGACAGCAGGAGCCGCAAUGCCAUGCCCCCAAGGGCAGGGAACAAGCAGCCCCCGUACCCACCUCCUGCCAGCGCUGCCUGCUGUGUGCCAGGUGUGGUCCCCGACCUGUCUCAGGUCUCUCCCAAGGACCUGGACCGCAUCAUCCAGGACCAGCUGAAGCCCAGCCGCCAGUUCCAGGAGCAGAUGAGAAGAGGCAUCGAUGGCAUCCUGUGCUGCCUCCGGGAGCGCUGUGUCAACAAGGUUUCGAGGAUCAGUAAGGGUGGCUCGUUUGGCCGGGGCACAGACCUAAGGGGCAACUGUGACGCUGAGCUCAUUGUCUUCUUCAACAACCUGACGGGCUUCGAGGACCAGCGUCACCACCGUGCAGAGAUCCUGGCUGACAUGCGGGCCCAGCUAGAGUGCUGGUGGCGGGACCCAGUCCCUGGCCUCAGCCUCCAGUUUCCUGAGCAGAUGGUGCCCGGGGCACUGCAGUGCCAGCUCAGGUCUGCAGCUCUCGGAAGCCGGAUGGACAUCGACCUGCUGCCAGCCUUUGAUGCCCUGGGGCAGCUCAGUUCUGGCGCCAAACCUAAGCCCCAGGUCUACUUGGACCUCUUCAACAGCGGCUGCCAGGGGGGCGAGCACGCUGCCUGCUUCGCAGAGCUGCGGAGGAACUUCGUGAACAUACGCCCGGCCAAACUCAAGAACCUGAUCCUGCUCGUGAAGCACUGGUACCGCAACGUGGCAGCUCAAAACCCAGGCAAAGAGCAAGCCGGUGCCUCUCUGCCCCCAGCCUAUGCUCUGGAGCUCCUGACCAUCUUUGCCUGGGAGCAGGGCUGCGGGGUGGAGCGUUUCAACAUGGCCCAAGGCCUCCGGACCGUCCUGGGGCUUGUCCAGCAGCACGGGCAGCUCUGUGUGUACUGGACACUCAACUAUGGCACUGAGGACCCAGCUCUGAGAAUGCACCUCCUCGGCCAGCUUCGAAAAGCCAGGCCCCUAGUUCUGGAUCCAGCUGACCCCACCUGGAACGUGGGCCAGGGCAGCUGGGAGCGGUUGGCCCGGGAAGCGGCAGCCCUGGAGUCACAGCUGUGCCGCGUGAGUGGCACUGGGACAGCAGUGGAGCCCUGGGAUGUGACGCCCGCGCUCUUGCACCAGACCCCCGCCAGAGACCUGGACAGGUUCAUCAGCGACAUCCUCCAGCCCAACCGCCAGUUCCUGGUGCAGGUGAACAAGGCCGUGGACACCAUCUGCUCGUUCCUAAGGGAAAACUGCUUCCGGGACUCGCCCAUCAGAGUGCUCAAGGUGGUCAAGGGCGGCUCUUCAGCCAAGGGCACAGCACUGCGAGGCCGCUCAGACGCCGACAUCGUGGUGUUCCUCAGCUGCUUCCGCCACUUCACUGAGCAGGGCAUCAGGCGGGCCGAGCUCAUCUCGGAGAUACGCGCCCAGCUGGAGGCCUGCCAGCAGAAGCAGCACUUUGAGGUCAGAUUUGAGAUCUCCAAGUGGGAGAACCCCCGAGUCCUGAGCUUCACACUGACAUCCCAGACCAUGCUGGACCAGAGUGUGGACUUCGACGUGCUUCCGGCCUUUGAUGCCCUAGGCCAGCUGGUGUCCGGCUCCAGGCCCGACCCUCGCAUCUACGCAGACCUCAUCCGCAGCUACAGCGUCCCUGGAGAGUUCUCCACUUGCUUCACUGAGCUCCAGCGCGACUUCAUCAUCUCACGGCCCACCAAGCUGAAGAGCCUGAUUCGUCUGGUCAAGCAUUGGUACCGGGAGAUCCAGAGCAAGAAGAUGCCCAAGGGCCUGGGCUCCCUGCCCCCCCAGCACGGGCUGGAGCUCCUUGCCGUGUACGCCUGGGAGCAGGGUGGGAGGGACCCCCAAUUCAGCAUGGCCGAGGGCUUCCGCACCGUCCUAGAACUCGUCAGCCAGUACCGACAACUCUGCAUUUACUGGACCACCAACUACAGGAUGGAGGACGAGGCCGUAGGGGACUUCCCGAAACAGCAGCUUCAAAAGCCCAGGCCCAUCAUCCUGGACCCGGCUGACCCGACAGGGAACCUGGGCCUCAGCGCCCGCUGGGACCUGCUGGCCCAGGAAGCAGCAGCCUGCACAGAAUCCCUGUGCUGCAUGGGCAGGGAUGGCGCCCCCAUCCAGCCCUGGCCUGUGAGGGCUGCCGUGUGAGGUCCAGGAAGUCACCCUGUGUGGAGAGAACGGACAGCACCCCUCAGCAAGGGGAGACCCAGAACACCCGCCAGCUGUGUCCAGUGUGUUCAUGCCACCCUCCUG